GCUAGCACUAGUCUGCAUCGGGCCCUCACGCGACGCAGGUGCCUUGGGUUUACAGUGUCGACAGUGCCAGUUCGCAUCAUUUUUUUUUUUUUUUACUCAACGCGACAAGUGGUUUUUUUUUUUUCGUUUUUUUAACUAGUUUAGCGGGUUUCGCGUGUCACACGCAACACGCCGCGCUCUUUAAGAGAGAGAAAGGGAGAGGUAGAUAGAAAGAGAAAGAGCUGUUAAUUGUGGAAAUAUGUGUAGUUCGUAAGAGACUAGUAAUGAAUUUAUUUUUGAAAAUCGUUUGAACUCCGCCCAUCACUCUGGCGGUGAACACCAAAAGCCGCUCUUGGCAGUGGCUGUUACGGGAGGCGUUCCACAUAGCGUAAUCGGAUCAUGGACGAACCUGACCACAAACCAGACGAGGGCGCUGCCCCGUCUGGCAGAGCCCAAGAAGACGGGGGGGCGACUUCUUCGGGCGUCAGUCGGAGCAGUGUGGCUGUGUUCUCGAGCACGGCCAUCACCUUCUCCAGCAGCACCAGCACCAGCCUCCACACUUCCCAGACGAGUUACUCGACCUCGACUGAGCCCGUCAGCAUCCUAGGCAGAGGGCGGCACCACUCGACGACGAGUUCUUCUGGCUCCUUUUCGGUGAGCCCUAGGCCCACCGUUAAGUUUUCCGAGCCAGAUGGAAGCCAUUACCGAGAUCGCACGCCGGACAGCCCAAGGUUCCGAGUUCAGGGGCAGGAGAGUCCGAAAUUCAAGUACCACGAAGGUGGGGGGUUCAAGUUCAAAGUUCACGACGGGUCGUCGUCGGCAGCAGUGAGCCAGAGAGGCGCGUCUCACGCGAUCGGCAGCAUCCCCGAGUCCUCCACCUACAACGUGAGCGAGACCUCGUCCAGCUACAACAGCUACUCGACCGAGUCCUCGAAGCUGGUCGGGACCUCCUACCGGUGCCCGGACAGUCCUCGGAACAAGACUAAGAUCACUCGGACGCCCCAUCGGAACUCUAUCAUCGCUUCCAUGGAGCUCAAGGUGCCCUCUUUCCACGAGCUGCCCGGCCCGACUUCGCCGGGGAUGAUGGGGUCGGGUCUCACGCCCAUCAUGGGGCACCCGGAGAGCAGGGGCCUGACCAUUCUGUCGCCCCAUAACCCCACCCCAGAGCUCCACUUCUCCUCCACCUUCACCGUACGGACGCGCAAGGGCAAGACGAUCGUCUUGCCCAAGCUGCGUAUCCCCGCCUUCCAUUCACAUUCUCACGACAGCAUCUUUUUAGGGUAA